GGGAAGGAGACUGAUCAAUGAUAGAUGUCUUGAUCAAGUAGAUCUGCACUAGCACUUUCAUUUCAACAAAGACAGUGACCAUGUCUUGUUCUUGAGUUCUUGACUUCAUGGAUUUGCCCCAGAUCAUCAUUGCAGUUCUGCAGUGAGCUCUCAGAUCCAUCAACACUUGAUCGAGUAUAUAUACUGAUUUAAGGCUAUUGUAUGGCCUCGUCUGUAACGGACCUCUUAAUUGGAAAACUUGUGACGAUUCUGGAGAACGAAGGAACAGCUAUAGCCGGUGUCCGUGAUGAAGUAUAUAAGAUUAAGGAGGAGUUUCUAAGCAUGAAAGCUUUCCUAAAGGAUGCGGAGGCCAACAAACCAAAAACUGAAGGAGAGCAGUUGUGGGUUGGUAGAAUCAGAGACUUAGCCCAUGAUGUUGAAGAUAUCAUCGAUGAAUUCUUGUAUCACAUGUAUGAGCAGAAGCAAAGUGGGGGUCGACUUUCAAGAGGCCUGCACAAAACCAUUCGAGCUCCAAGUAAUCUUUGGUUCAGGCAUAAAAUUGCAAAGAAGUUGCAGAAAAUUACUCAAAUGAUUAAAGAUAUUCCAGAGAGGAAUCAAAGGUACGGUGUUGGCCUUACAGGAGGAGCGACUACAUCUGAAGAUAGUCAGAAACCGGGGCUGAACCAAGCGGAGUAUUCGUUCUCCAUUACGGAAGAGGAACUGGUUGGGAUUGAAGGCAAGAAGCAAAUACUAAUGGGAUGGCUGAUGGAUGAAGAGCAACACCAAACUGUAAUAUCUGUGGUUGGCAUGGGGGGUUCUGGGAAGACAACUCUAGCUGCCAAGACCUUCAACAAUGAAAGGGUACAGAGACAUUUCCAUUGUUAUGCAUGGAUUACCGUUUCUGAAACUUAUGUUACUGAAGACUUGUUUCGAAGUCUAAUCAAGGAACUCCACAAAUCAAAGAAGGAAGAUAUUCCAGACUUGAAUGCCAUGAACCGCACAGAUUUACGAGAUGUACUUGUUAACUACUUGGAGUCCAAACGGUAUUUGAUUGUUCUAGAUGAUGUGUGGAAUAUCGAAGUCUGGAAAGAAGUAAGGAUAGCACUUCAUGAUAAAGGACUUGGAAGUCGAAUCAUACUGACAACCCGAAAAGAAGACAUAGCAUCUUAUUUCGGAGUAAAAGGCCAUGUUCACCAUAUUCAACCCCUGAAAAGGUAUGAGGCUUGGGAGCUCUUCAGCCAGAAAGCAUUCUCAUCUAAUGAUAACAAAGCUUGUCCAUCCGAGCUCAAGUCAUUAGCUUGGGAACUGGUGGAGAAGUGUGAAGGCCUUCCUCUGGCUAUCGUGGCUUUAGGCGGUGUUAUGUCUUCAAAGAAGUCACCAGAUGAAUGGCACAGAGUCUUGAAAAGUAUAAAUUGGCAUCUAAAUAACAACUCAUUGCUUGGCCCUGUCAAAACCUUGUUGUUGCUUAGUUACAAUGAUUUGCCAUCCCAGUUGAAGCAUUGUUUCCUUUAUUGUUCCCUCUUACCAGAAGAUUAUUUGAUUCAACGAAAAAGGUUGAUUAAGCUGUGGAUAGCUGAAGGAUUUGUUGAACAUGCAAACGGGGUCACGCCAGAAGAGGUUGCGGGUGGCUAUCUUCUGGAACUCUGCUUCCGUAGCAUGCUACAAGUUGCUAUGAGAAAUGGAGAAGGAAGGCCGAAAAAAGUUAAGAUGCAUGAUCUUCUACGAGAGCUUGCUCUGUCGAUAUCCGAAAAAGAAAAAUUUGGACUUGUAUAUGAUGGAAGACAAGUAAUGGAAGAGAUCACAACCCGUCGCUUGUCAAUUCACACAACGAGUGACGGAGGAGGAAUUAAAUCAGGGCCGGGUAUGUCAAACAUUCGUUCUCUUCUUGUCUUUGCAACUUACAUGUCCUCAAAUGAACUGCUUUCUCGAUUCAAAUUGCUGAGAACUCUAGACUUGGAGGAUGUCCAAAUUGAUAAACUCCCAGAUGCAGUUGUUUACUUGUUCAACUUGAGAUAUUUAAGCCUGCGGGGCUGCUCUCUAAUCAAAGAACUUCCAGAGUCCAUAGGGCGUCUCCGCAACCUUCAAUUUCUGAACAUCAGGAAUACCAAGAUAGAGUCACUUCCACAAGGAAUUGCAAAAUUGCUCAACCUGCGCCAUCUCAUUAUGUAUCGCCAGACCGGAAAUUUUCAGGUCUUUGAAUACGAGGUUGGGACAAAAGCGCCAUCAAAUAUUUGCCAGUUGCAGAAAUUGCAAUGUUUAAUAACUAUUGAAUCAGACGGGGACACUAUCAGAUUAAUUGGGAACCUGACUCAACUUACGACCAUCGGCAUAUCAAAUUUGAAAGAAACAGAUGAGAUUGACCUUUGGGUCUCAAUUAAGAAGCUGACUCUGCUUCAAGCUCUAGCACUCCAGGCAAGUAAUGAAGAGGAAUUUCUUCCUGUGAAGGCAGAAUGUCCACCUCUUCCGCACCUUCAAAAGCUUUAUUUGACAGGUAGACUGCAAAAAGUAGUACCUUGGUUUUCUUCCCUGCAUAGCCUCACAUUUCUGCAGCUGCAUUGGUCUAGACUUGAAGACGAUGUACUACCUCACAUUGAAGCACUUCCCAAUCUGACGAAGCUUGAUCUUAGUAAUGCAUAUGUUGGGGAAGAGUUGUGUUUCCGCAGAGGUUUUGUAAAGCUGGUGACAUUGGUGUUGAGUGAUUUUGGCUCGUUGAAAAAGAUAGCUAUGGAAAAAGGGGCCAUGCCUAAUCUCCGGGACUUACAUGUUGGCAGCUGCAUGGAAUUGAAGGCAGUACCACUGGGCCUUGAAAACCUUUCUAAUCUGCAACUCUUGAACCUGAGGACUGUUCCAACAGAAAUUAUAAACUCCAUUCGGAAAGGAGGUGCGGAUCGCAAAAAUGUACAACACAUCCCUAAGAUCAGACAUGUUUUCCAACAGUCAUCCGAGUGGUUCUACGAAAACUUGUCCUAGAAUUUCUUUCUCCCGAAAGAAUCAUUCGAGUCUGAGAAGAAAAUAUUGAAGAAGAUUUGACGAAGUUUGAUGAAGAAUUCUUUUCUGUACGUGUGGAAAGAUGCAAGGAUUGAUCUCGGUUUAUCAUUUGCCUCUUCAUGUUUUCAAAAUUUGAAAUAAACACAGUGACUCUAUUUCUCAUGUUGUA